UGGGUUAAGGCUAUCAACUCACUCUGCCGCCCGUAGGACCUGGACUCGAACCCAGGCUCUCAGCGGUUUCCAGCUCAGCGCUCUCACCCUCUGCGCCACCGUGCCACCGCAAGGCAGGCAGCGUAACGUGGCAAGAAUUCGGCAUCGCUCCGAAGGAGAACAGACGCGCAAUAUAGAAUGCUGCAAGCCCGCCCGCCGAGCAAAGCGUCGGCGAUGCGCCACGCGCUGUCGAGCGCGCGUCUCCAGCGCUGCCUCCACGCCAACGUGGCCGAGUCGCGCAAGUUGGCCGAGCGGCUCGAGGCCAUGGAGCUCCUCAGGGCGAGGACGGCGCAGACGGCCGACAGGGCCCGGCGGCAGCUGCGGCGCGAGCUGUCCGCCGUGCGCCUGUCGACGGGGCGGCUGGCCGAGCGUCGCGCCCUCCUGGAGCCCGAGACCGACGCCGCUCGCGAGAGUCUCCGCGUCGUUCCGCGACGGCCGACGAUGACGACGACCGGCGGUGGCGGCCACGGCGUGGCCCUCCCCGCCGCUACCGAAACGCUGCCGCCCGGGCCGUCCGCGUCGAUGUCGGCCGGCCGCGCGGAGGUCCGCAAAUCCGCCGACGGCCACAAAUCUGUCUGCGGUGGUACAGGGCGAUGCGGGCCACGGAGGAGGUUCCGGCGGCGGCGGCGGCGGAGGAUUAGGUGGAGCAACGAUGACGGCAUCGAGGAGUCCGCUCGCCACCAGGAGGUCCGGGGUGAGGUCGGCCUGCGCGGGUUUCGGGGCCACCACGGGAGACCCCAGGGCCGUGGCGGGCACACCCGGAGCGGCCCUCUCGACGGCGCAGAGGCGCCGCCUGCUGAAGGCCCUGCUACCCUCGAGCCCCGGUGUCAUGGAGACAAGGAGGGCUCGCAGUGCCGACCUGGCGCGCAAGGCCAGAGACAGGACCCUCGCUUUUCUCGACUCGUUCGACAAUGGCCAUUGCGGUGGUCUCGUGCGGCCCAACACCGCGCAGCCGUGACGAACAUCGUGAGACGCAAUGGAAGAUUUUUGUUGUUGUUGUCGUUUUAGCUCACCAGCAAAGUUGAAGAACAAUUGUCGCAACCACAUUUUCAGCAAAGCAGAUACGACGUUUACACCAUUGGAAC